AUGCGGCCAGUCAGCUUUUGGACCGGGGCGCUGCUUCUGGCCGCCGCCGAAGCUUAUGUUCCUGUGGGCAGGACCUCCCUGCAGCACGCGGAUCUGGAUCGUGCAGAGGCCGACGCUGAGGCAUCGGCGUCGCCGCCCCAAAGCGGUCGAGGCGGCCUCGAGGUCGCACUGGGCUUCGGCGCCGGCUGCGCGGCCGCCGCGCUGAGCAGAAGGCGCGUGCUGUCACUGUCCUCGCUGUCCUUGUCUCUGCCGUUGCAGGCACGUGCCCUCGGCCGAUCAGAGGAGAAGUCCGGAGAUCUCCAAAAGGUUGACAUCAACAACGCCAGCAGCAUCGAAUACCGGCAGUUCAAGGGGCUGUACCCCACCGGGGCGGCAAUCAUCGCUGGCAAUGGCCCGUACAACAAGAUAGAAGACGUCUACAACCUUCCCGGCAUCAGAAACGACGAGAUGAUGAAGGAGCCGCUUUGCGAUGCGGUUGCGAUGCAUGUGAUCUUCUCUGGGGAUGCCGUGGAGCUCCAGCGAUCCUUGAGGUUGACCAUGGACGCGCCGCUAUCAAGAAAUGCGCAGAGUGUGGGCCAGCAAUGGGAUGGGCAGACCCAGACCGGGAACGUCGAGGAAAAGGCUUGCGAUCGGUGCGAUAGGCGCACUCCGUACCUCCAUUGCAUGGCAUCGCAGUUGUUGAAGGCGCAGGCAAAGCGGGUACUGGUCCUGGGCCUGGGCGGUGGGCUGCUUCCCCAGGCCCUCAGCUCCUUUGGCAUGGAGGUGGUCGCGGUGGAGAGUUCCUCUGUGGUGCUGGACCUUUCACAGCGCUUCUUUGGCCUUGAGGACCGCGGAGUGGAGCUAGUCCACGCCGAUGCCGAAGAAUUUGUGCGAUCCACGGGCAGGCUCGACUUCGAUGCCUGCGCCAUUGACAUCUUCCAGGGGCACAGCUCCUCAACGCCUGCCUUCACAAGGUCGGUGGAGUUCCUGCGCAUCCUGGAGAAUUCACUGAGGCCCGGCGCCUGCGUUUUGCAGAACGCCAUCGAUGCCACGGGCGCCUUCUGCGCCUCGCGCGGCGCCAUUCCGCGGAGCCGCGGAAGGGCCGUGCGGUGCACGGCGCGGCGCCGCGACGCGGCGCCCCGGGGCCCGCCCGGGGGCUCAGUUGAUGCGAGUUGGUGGUUUUGA